CACAGACCCUCUGUGAUUUCCUCAAUAGUCAUACACUUCCUAAUGACAGCUCUGGCCAUACACAACAACCUGGAUCUCGCUAUUUGAAGUCUUCCUCCCCCUCUCUCCCGCUCAUUCUUUCUCUCUCAACCCCCGUCCCUCUUUACACACAAAUAGCCUACUCUCUCCCUCACGCAGACUUUCUCUCGCCCAUUCUCUCUCUCUCUUCAUACUUGGCCGAGCUCAAAAGAAGGGGACAUAACAGAAUGAAAGGAGAUGGAUUUUUCAACGAGAUGUGAGGGGAAAGGUGAAAUUAGCAACUCUUAGCCUACGUUGCCCCUAUGUGAAACGACAACCUUAAUUGUUCAACAGAAUGAAUGAAUAAGAGCGGAGUCUAUCAACAAGAACUCCCUCCAUCUCCAUGGCGACGUGGAGAUCUUACAUUCAAAACCAUGGAGUGUGCGCACAGCUUUCUCGCUUGAAGGGGGAUCGGUUCGAUGGCAGGACAAAGCGAAAGGUAGAGCCCUCUACCUUGCGGAAGAAAAAUACCCGAUAUGAUCUGUUUUGGGGACGAAAAGGGGAACAAUUCUGAGACACAAGUCAUCUUCAUAGGCAAGAAACCGGCGGCGGUUUGUUGGGGAGAAGAACAUCAAGAAAAGUGUUGCUAGCUAGCUGGCUAGUUUUAGCUAGCUAAUGUUAGCUCUCUGGCUAAUCCUCCAUGGACAUGGAAUCUUCUAGCUUGGGUGGCAGGAUAGAGGAGGGAACAAAAGGAAGGAGUACAGAAGUUAUCCUAACUAAGAAAUGCUUACCUCCUUCUAAAGCCCCAAUGGAGCAGGAUGUGGAGAGUCCGCCAAUCACCAUCCGAAAGCCCAAGCUCCCCAAGCAAGCCUGUGAGGACCUUCCCAAGCAGCUGGUGGACCAGGUGCGGACAAAGAGGAAGAUUCAGCGGUACGUCCGUAAGGACGGCAAGUGUAAUGUCCACCAUGGCAACGUCCAAGAGACCUAUCGGUACCUAACGGAUAUCUUCACCACACUGGUGGACCUCAAGUGGAGGUUCAACCUCUUCAUCUUCGUCUUGGUGUACACAGUGACGUGGCUCUUAUUCGGCUUCGCGUGGUGGCUCAUCGCCUAUGUUCGUGGCGACCUGGAACACAUAGGGGACAACCAGUGGACUCCCUGUGUCAAUAACCUCAAUGGGUUUGUCUCAGCCUUUCUCUUCUCCAUAGAGACGGAGACCACCAUAGGGUAUGGCUAUAGGGUUAUAACAGACCAAUGCCCAGAGGGGAUCCUUCUGCUGUUGAUUCAGUCGGUGCUGGGGUCCAUAGUUAAUGCCUUCAUGGUGGGCUGCAUGUUUGUUAAGAUCUCGCAGCCCAAGAAGCGGGCAGAGACGUUGGUGUUCUCUACCAACGCUGUCAUCUCCGUGAGGGAUGGCCGGCUGUGCCUGAUGUUCAGGGUGGGGGACCUUCGGAACUCACACAUCGUGGAGGCCUCCAUCAGGGCCAAGCUGAUCAAGUCCAAGCAGACCAAGGAAGGGGAGUUCAUACCCCUCAACCAGACAGACAUGAAUGUGGGUUAUGACACAGGGGACGACAGGCUCUUCCUGGUGUCCCCACUCAUCAUCUGUCAUGAGAUCAAUCAGAACAGCCCCUUCUGGGAGAUCUCCCAAGCCCACCUUGACAGAGAGGACCUGGAGAUCGUGGUCAUUCUGGAGGGCAUGGUGGAGGCUACAGGGAUGACUUGCCAGGCCAGGAGUUCGUAUGUGACCAGCGAGAUAAAGUGGGGCUACCGUUUCAUGCCGGUGCUCACCCUGGAGGAUGGCUUUUACGAGGUGGACUACAACAGCUUUCACGACAUCCACGAGACCAACACCCCCAGCUGCAGCGCCAGAGAGCUGGCUGAGAUUAAUUGCCGCAUCCGCCUGCCCUUCACCUGGUCCGUGGCCAGCAAGCUCAGCCAGCAGGGGGUGCUGGAGCCCGAGGGCCGCGAGAAGAAGCAUACUACCCUGGUAACCCAGGAAGAGGGGCUAGAGGAGCAGACAGAGAGGAACGGUGACAUUGCUAAUAUAGAGAGCGAGUCCAAAGUGUAGAGGGGAGAGAGAAAACUUAGGCCAGAGGGGCUGUGUGGGGCUUACUGUGGUGUCUCUGCUCCUCAUGGCUGUCUGACCAGGUGACCUGGUCCCAGGUCAAAGGUCAGGGCCAAGGCAGAAAAAUGGGGAACCUGAGUUCAAGGACGAUCUGCUUAGGAACCCUGCAACAAGGACAGCUUUGGCCCUAAACAGGUCAUUUGCCCCCCAAAGAUAGAUGGUACAUGCCAAUGGCUGGACUGAAAAGCUCUGUAAUUGCAUGUUUUGAUAACAUAGUUUUUUUCUUGAAGAUAUCAAUUAAUAUUAUUUCUUCUUUUUUAUUCAAAGAUUAAAACCUAUACAUAUAUAUUCUAGGAUAUUUGUAUUUGUAUUUUUUUGUAUAUACUAUCUGUUAUAUACUAUCUGUUAUGUUGCCAAAGUGUGAAUAUUUGACAAGAAGAUGUUUGAUACUGAUUAAUUUAGACCAGGUCUGUACAUAUUCUAUGCCUUAUGUACAAAGCUUUCCUUACAUUAGAGUUUUAAGAAAUAUAUAAGCAUGUACAAAAACUCACUGUAGUUAAUUUAUUCUAUAUUGUGUACAUAGGAGAAUAAUGGCGAUUGUAAUAGGCAUGACAAUAUAACUCUUAUUAACAAUUCUGGAUGAAAGCCCUAUAGAAUAUUCAGCCUGGCCUAAUGGACUAGUUACUUUAGACAGCAACGAAAGAAGGGAGGUUGGUCGGGAAGGAUGGGUAGGUAUAAUCCGCAACCUUCUAGCAAUCCACAGGUUGCGUGUUCAGGUUGCGUCUGGGACAACUGUAGCAUUUUAGCUAAAACAUCUCCUAACCAUUAUUCUAAACUUAUGCCAAUUCACCUGAACUGCUACGUAAAGUUACCUAACCUUUGUUGUUUUAGUUCUCCUAACCUUUAACGUAAAUGUCCUAACCUUUGUUGUUAGUUCCCUUUAACUGCCAACAUAAAUUCUCUCUAUAAUUCUCCUACAGCAGAACGUUUAUUAUCCAAGCAGUUAUCCAAGCAGCAGAACGUUUAUUUUAUACUAAUACAAUUGCUCAUAGAAAGAUUUUAUUUAGAAGUAAUACAAAAAAUAUAAAAAAGAAAGGAGUAAAAAUUGGCACGACACUGAGCCUUUUUCUAAAAUGUUUUAUGAGAUUGGAGAACAUGAUGGGAGGGAUCUUAGACCAUUCUUCCUUAAAGAAUCUUACCAGAUCCUUGAUAUCCUUCAUCUGCUCCUAUGGACUGGCAUCUUCAAUUCAAACCACAGGUCCUGGCAGAGGUAACCAGGUUUUAGGCUAAAAUGUCCUGGUACUUGGUAAAGUUCAUGAUGCCGUUAACCUUAACAAGGGCCACAGGACCAGUGGAAGCAAAAUAGCCCCAUAAGAUGCACCACUGCAGGUAUGAAGUACUUUUCUCCAUAUGCUUCCGUUUUUCGAUGCCAAAUCCACCGCUGGUGUGCAUGGCCAAGGAGCUCUAUUUUCAUGUCAUCUGACUAUAGCACUGCCUGGAGUUUGCUAAACGGCAUUGGCACUUGGAUUGGAACCGGUGAGAAACAUGCUCACUUUUCUAAUAUGAAGGACAGGCUUCCAUCUUUCAAUGUGUCUCUGAAGUGAACCCCACUGUACUGUCCGGCCCAUAGCGGAUGAAAGCACACUGGUACUACGAAAGAAGCCAUGUGAGGGGAGCUUGGGGAAGAGCAUCAAGGCCUACUCUAGCACCUAAAUUGAACUAAGUGCAGCCCGAGGGUAUUCAUUUUCUUCUUUUCACAUAUUUAGACCUCUUUAUUUCUGCUGCAGAACUAAGUUUCUAAAAGCAAUUUCUUUGUGUUUCUGGCAAAAUGUUUGAUUUGAAAUAAAACUGUGUAAUAUAACCUUACAAUGUUAUCACUUUACAAAAUGGUUCUAUUGCUUGUGCUGAAGAGCCAUAUACAGGGCUCAGACAUCUACAGUGUGUAAUUUUGUUGCUGCAGAACGUUCUAGCUCUGCAUGUCACUGAUAGCACACCUGUAUAACUUUGGCUUUUAUGUGUCAAUGAAAAACAUUUGGGUAACACUUAAGUUACCCGUAUACAACGCAGUUAGUCUAUAGCUAAUUAAAUGUUUUUAUUUGUGAUCCAUAUUUGUUACAGGUGCAGUAACUGUGAAGUUAUUGGUAAUUAAUCAGAUGUUAUCAAAAGGGUAGAUAUUUCAGCUAUGUGGUUAAUGGUUAACAGCUUAAUGUAAAGCGUUAUAAACAUGCAGGCAUCAUUGUUUAAUCUGACUUGUGUCCAAUCGCUGAACAAAGAUUGAACGAAACAGACAUGUUUAUUAUAUCGACUCCUUUAUUUUACUGUUUUUAUUCAUUUGUAAUUAUUAAUUGUAUUAGGUUGUAUUUUCAACAUUACACUGAAUUCCAAAAUACUGGUUCAUAAAUCAUCUUCGACAAUACUUUAACUAA